CCCUCAAGGAUUUUGGGACUCGAUCAUCUCUUCAUUGACAAGUCUUAUCCAGUGCCCGAAUCGUGCUUGAAUCGCAUCAUGGGUAAGGAACUGGAUUACCUGACGUUAAACAAUGCGAUCGUGGGUCUCCGCCCUGCCGUCAAACAGGCCAAAGUCCAUUUGAUCCACCAACUGAGUCGUCAAAUCAAGACCUUGGAAGCUCGCACCAUUACCGUUCCCUCCGCCCAAUCCAAGCGAGACCGGAAAUUGGAACGCUUUCGACAAGAGAUCAUGCUUAUCAAAGAUGCUCCCCGAGAUGCCGUCGGUCGAUUCGCCCUGCAAAAUCAACACACCUUCGAGGCCAUUGCACCUUCCGAGGAUAUGGACCUUCGAGCCAAGGUCCGAUUAGCUAACCACAAGUCUAUUCAAGCCAAAGUCCAGCCUUUCCGAGAAAAGUUCCCGAAUUGGUCGGAAGAAGUGGCGCGAUUACUUCCGGCCCUGGGCGCCAAGCAGAUUAGGAAGAGCUCGGGGGUCAAGGCCCGCAAGGUCGAGAAGGUCGCAGCCAGGCAAAGGGAGAUGAUGUUGAAACGCAAAGGAUUGCCAUUGGACGAGCCACAA